GCGCGCGUCGCUGCGGCUCUCUUUUUUCCACUGGUCGCCGAGGCUCGCCCCUCCUUGCAAGGCUGCUCCAGAGCUAGCGGGCACGCGAGCUCCUCUCCCGGAGCUUCCUUCCCCGAAAGGCCGGGACCCAGUGGCGGACUCGUGGUGAGCGAGGCAGCACCUUCGCAAGCAAGGCUUUCCGAUAUUCUCAAUUCGUGAAGCAGCAAGUGGAUAGCAGUUACAGUGGUGCUACUGAGCAGAUCCCAGGAGAUUGACCUGUUCUUAAAAGCGAAAGAAGAAAUCUGUGUACUUUAUUGUCGGCUUCCAAAGAUUACUAACUUUUAUCUGUAUCACUAAAAUUAAAUUACCUUGGCUAUACUGCUACUCUUCUGCUGCUUCCAUUACUGCCUUCUCCAGAAACCUAAGGCUUUAAGAAGCCAAAGAAUAACAGCAUAUAAGCACCAUAGUAGAAGCCUUGCCACUAUGAAACUUAAGCUAAAUGUGCUCACCAUUGUAUUGCUGCCUGUCCACUUGUUAAUAACAAUAUACAGUGCCCUUAUAUUUAUUCCAUGGUAUUUUCUUACCAAUGCCAAGAAGAAAAACGCUAUGGCAAAGAGAAUAAAAGCUAAGCCCACUUCAGACAAACCCGGAAGUCCAUAUCGCUCUGUCACGCACUUCGACUCACUAGCUGUCAUAGACAUCCCUGGAGCAGAUACUCUGGAUAAAUUAUUUGACCAUGCUGUAGCCAAGUUUGGGAAGAAGGACAGCCUGGGGACCCGGGAGAUCCUGAGCGAAGAAAAUGAAAUGCAGCCAAAUGGAAAGGUUUUUAAGAAGUUAAUUCUUGGGAAUUAUAAAUGGAUAAACUAUCUUGAAGUGAACUGCCGAGUGAAUAACUUUGGAAGUGGCCUCACUGCACUGGGACUGAAACCAAAGAACACCAUUGCCAUUUUCUGUGAGACCAGGGCGGAGUGGAUGAUUGCAGCGCAGACCUGCUUUAAGUACAACUUUCCGCUUGUGACUUUAUAUGCUACCCUUGGCAAAGAAGCUGUCGUUCAUGGAUUAAAUGAGUCUGAGGCUUCCUAUCUGAUUACUAGUGUUGAACUUCUGGAAAGCAAACUGAAGGCGGCAUUAUUAGAUAUCAAUUGUGUUAAACAUAUCAUUUAUGUGGAUAACAAGACUAUCAAUAGAGCGGAGUACCCCGAGGGGCUUGAGAUUCACAGCAUGCAGUCAGUAGAGGAGCUGGGAUCCAAGCCAGAAAACUCAAGCAUUCCUCCAAGUAGACCAACUCCUUCGGACAUGGCCAUUGUCAUGUACACCAGUGGCUCUACUGGCCGCCCCAAGGGAGUGAUGAUGCACCAUAGCAAUCUGAUAGCUGGGAUGACAGGCCAGUGCGAACGCAUACCUGGAUUAGGACCAAAGGACACUUAUAUUGGCUACUUACCUUUGGCUCAUGUGCUGGAACUGACGGCAGAGAUCUCCUGCUUUACCUACGGCUGUAGGAUUGGAUAUUCGUCACCACUCACACUGUCUGACCAGUCCAGCAAAAUCAAGAAGGGAAGCAAGGGUGAUUGUACUGUACUGAAACCUACACUUAUGGCGGCUGUUCCGGAAAUCAUGGAUAGAAUUUACAAGAAUGUUAUGAGCAAGGUUCAAGAGAUGAAUUAUAUUCAGAAGACUCUAUUUAAAAUUGGGUAUGAUUAUAAAUUAGAGCAAAUCAAGAAAGGAUAUGAUGCCCCUCUUUGUAAUCUGAUACUGUUUAAGAAGGUGAAGGCUCUUCUAGGAGGGAAUGUCCGCAUGAUGCUGUCCGGCGGUGCCCCACUGUCCCCCCAGACACACCGAUUCAUGAAUGUCUGCUUCUGCUGCCCCAUUGGUCAGGGCUAUGGGCUGACAGAAUCAUGCGGUGCUGGAACAGUUACUGAAGUUACCGACUACACUACUGGAAGAGUUGGCGCUCCUCUUAUUUGCUGUGAAAUUAAACUGAAGGACUGGCAGGAAGGUGGUUAUACAGUUCAUGAUAAGCCAAACCCCAGAGGUGAAAUUGUGAUUGGAGGCCAGAAUAUCUCCAUGGGAUAUUUUAAAAAUGAAGAGAAAACAGCAGAAGAUUAUUCUGUGGAUGAAAAUGGACAAAGGUGGUUUUGCACUGGUGAUAUUGGAGAAUUCCACCCUGAUGGAUGCUUACAGAUUAUCGAUCGUAAGAAAGAUCUGGUGAAGCUGCAAGCCGGAGAGUACGUGUCUCUUGGGAAAGUCGAAGCCGCACUGAAGAAUUGUCCACUGAUCGACAACAUUUGUGCUUUUGCCAAAAGUGACCAGUCCUAUGUGAUCAGUUUUGUGGUUCCCAACCAGAAAAAGUUGACUCUUUUGGCACAACAGAAGGGGGUAGAAGGAUCUUGGGUUGAUAUUUGCAAUAAUCCUGCCAUGGAAGCUGAAAUACUGAAAGAAAUUCGAGAAGCUGCAAAUGCCAUGAAAUUGGAACGAUUUGAAAUUCCAAUCAAAGUUCGAUUGAGCCCAGAGCCAUGGACCCCUGAAACUGGUUUGGUAACAGAUGCCUUCAAGCUGAAAAGGAAGGAACUGAAGAACCAUUAUCUUAAAGACAUUGAGCGGAUGUAUGGGGGCAAAUAAAAGGCAGCUGUCUGCUUCACAUUUGCACAGGAGGUGGCCUGAUGGUUUUUUUAGUUCUAGAGUUUAAGCCUUUGUUGAUCUCUCUGUUAAAAUGUAAGGUGAAUCUUCUAAAGACAUGAAACAAAAAAACAACCAAAAGUGGUUACCACAAAUUGCAUAGUCCUAGAGAAGCUGAAAUUGAAGACAUUUCCCUUUAGCUGUGUUAUUAAGUUUAGAGCAAAAAUUCUGUUUUAGAAUAUUAGCCUUAGCUACACUUGUUUUUCUAAAGAUACUCCAUGCUAAAGUAAACAAAUUGGACUUGGAAUAGGUGUAGUUGAAGAAAUCUACAGCUUCCAGUGUCUAUGUCUUCCUAGUUCAGAAGUUUCUAUCCUAAUCAUUAGGACAAAAUUACGUAUUAACACUACUCAAAGCCGAAGUUCCACCAGGCUUUGAAAUCCUCUUCCAACCAUUUCUCUUGAAGGGAAAAAAAAAUCAGUUGUAAUAAAUGGAUUCAGUAUCUUAGAAGGUAUUAUUUUAAGCUCAUAAUUGCCAUGUAGGUGAGACAUAGAGUCAUUAUAAUAUUGUGAAUAGUUACAGUGCCUGAAGUUAAAACUAAAACAACACACACAUACCAAAAAUAUCUCAAUGUAUUUGAAGGGAGGCUGAAUUGCUCCUUUGGAUGUACGAGAACUUAAAUCAGCAACUGUAAUUAUUGAAAUGUCUUCAGAAGAAUGUCCACUUUGUAAAAGUGACCUUUCUGUGUGUGAUCUAGUCAAAGGCUGAGACCAAGGGGAACAUGUUAGAAAGUCAAUCAGAAUUCAAUAAGAUACAUUGCUUUUCUGUUAGAAAGCUCAUAGCAUCCUAAGCAUUCAGAAUUAGGAUCCUGGCAUAGCACUGAACCUGGGAAAGAGAUUUAGCCUCUUUAACUUUGAUACCAGGGCUUGAUUUUAAAAUAUGCUUGUAUUAAAUUACAUUUGUAAUUUAUGGUCUGUUUGCUGUUGCUGAUUGAUUCUUGAUCAGUAGUGUGCAUUUCAGAGAGCCUUUCAUUUUGCUUUAAUUUCAGCAAAGCGGGUUAUGAUAAAUGACUUCCUCGAAUCUUGUUCAAACCUACGGGUGAUUAAGUGUCUUGGAUGAAUGAGUCUGAGGAAGUUAAAGGGAAGAAAACACUGUUACCACUUUUCCUGUUUGUGAAGAGUUUAGAAACUGGAAAUGCUAGAUUUGGGAGAAGGGCAGAGUUACUUGAUUAAGGACUGUCUGUGCAGUAACUUGGGAGUGUGAGUUUCUUUUUAAAUCUUCAGCUAAAAUCUGGAAUUAUAUAUUCUUGAUAGAUAUUCGCACUUGAACCAUAGUUACUGUAAAAAGCAAAAAUUCUUAAUACUGUUAUUCUUUGCACUUUUUUCAUAGUCAUUUUAUACACACACACACACACACACAUGCAUGUGUAUGUGUGUGUGUAUAUAUAAUAUAUAUAUGUUGCUUACAUUGUGUUGUACAGAUGUGGGCCACCACUACAACAAAAUGAAUUCUUUGUGCUCUAAAAUAUUUAUAAAGAAAUUAUUUAAAUGUUAUGUAUAUGGUGGUAAUAUUGAGAAAAAAAUCAUCUGGUAUUCUGAGCAACAGCGAAGGUUUUUGUAAAAGUUUCUUUUCAGUGUUGUGCAAACUAAAAUUUGAGGCAAGUUUUCCCUGAAGUUCUAUGUGAGUAGUCUCGUGCUUCCCAUCUUGCCUUUGAAGUGUGAAAAGACAUCAUCAAGUAGACUACUAGUCAGCUUCUACCUACUCCUAGUGCACUGUUUAUCCGUUUUUUUUUUAAAGGCUUUUCCAAUAUAUGUAUCCCAUUUGGAAUGGUGAUUUUAAAAUGUGAGUGCAUGCAGACUAUCUUAUUUAAGAUACUUGCACCCCACCCACAGCAGUCUCCCAAAGCUGGAACACUGCCAACUAGGUCCUUAAGAAUCACGCAUUGAAUACAAGGUCGGGUGCUGCUAAUUCUUCGUGAAAAUCCUAACACACACGAUAAGGGACCAGGGAGAUGCCACUGCCCCCUGACUUUUCAUCAAAAAAAAUUAUAUAUAUAUACAUGUUUAUGUAAACAGAACUAUUUUCCAUAUUCACAGUGACUUUUUAAGUAUUUGAGCCUAAAGGUUUUGAUCUCCAUUUUAUACCUAUUUAAAUCGUUCACAAUUUCGUGUCAGCCAUCAAUUAAAGCUGUGCUUACUGUUGAUUGUGUGUGCAUUUCUAAGGUGAACGCUCAUGAAUUUUUGCUUUAAUUACAUGAAAGAGUCUUAUUUCUUUGAUAUUUGUGCUCAUUUUUUUAGUGUAGACUGAAGGUAUGAUUAUGUGACUUUUAAGAAAUGAAAUACUGAUGAAUGAUUCGUAGAGUCCAAAGUGAGGGAGAAUGCUGUUUCUUUGUUCAUAGAGACUGACUAGUAAUCUUUGCCUAUAUUUUCCUGCUAGCAGAUGACAAAUGUUUCUACAGUGACAAGCUGAGAAGAGGUUAAAGGUUAAAGGUCGUGUGGCAUUCGGGAACUGGAGAGAUUUUGAAUGUAGUUACAAAUUUUAUAUUCAUAUUUGUACUUUCUGUUAAUGCACGAUUGUAGGAUUGUUCUGUAGAUUUUUUGUGUUUACUCUUGAAAGGCUUUGUUUGUUCUUCUUUUUAAGUUUGCACUUGAAUCUUAUAAAAUAAAUCCACCCAUGUUAUCAAGCCAA